AUGCAGCGGGCGCGCCCUGCGCUCUGGGCCGCGGCGCUGACCGCGCUGGCGCUACUCCGCGGGCCGCCGGCGGCUCGGGCUGGCGCGGGCGCGGCGGGCGCGGGCCCCGUGGUGCGCUGCGAGCCGUGCGACGCGCGCGCUCUGGCCCAGUGCGCGCCGCCGCCCGCCGCGUCCGCGUGCUCCGAGCUGGUGCGGGAGCCCGGCUGCGGCUGCUGCCUGACGUGCGCCCUGCGCGAGGGCCAGCCGUGCGGCGUCUACACGGAGCGCUGCGGUGCUGGCCUCCGCUGCCAGCCGCCGCCCGGCGAGCCGCGCCCGCUGCAGGCGCUGCUGGACGGCCGCGGGCUCUGCACCAACGCCAGCGCCGCCGGCCGCCUGCGCGCCUACCUGCUGCCCGCGCCGCCCACGCCAGGAAACAGCAGCGAGUCGGAGGAGGAGCACAGUGCGGGGAGCAUGCAGGGCCAGCCCUUCCCCAGCACACACCGGCUGCCUGACACCAAGCUCCAGCCCCUGCACACCAAGAUGGAUGUCAUCAAGAAGGGCCACGCCAAGGACAGCCAGCGCUACAAGCUGGACUACGAGUCCCAGAGCACCGACACCCAGAACUUCUCCUCCGAGUCCAAGCGGGAGACGGAAUAUGGGCCCUGCCGCCGGGAGGUGGAGGACACCCUGAACCGCCUCAAGUUCUUGGACACACUCAGCCCCAGGGGCGUCCACAUCCCCAACUGCGACAGGAAGGGCUUCUACAAGAAAAAGCAGUGCCGCCCAUCCAAGGGCAGGAAGCGAGGCUUCUGCUGGUGCGUGGACAAGUACGGGCAGCCGCUGCCGGGCUUCGACGCCAGGGGGAAGGGUGACGUUCACUGCUACAGCAUGGACAGCAAGUAGACACUGCUCACCACUUCACGUGGAGCUCAGAAACGCCUUAUUUUGCACAAGAGACCACCAAGGACAUGAUCAGCUGGUUACAGCCCGAAUUUAUAUUUCUUUUUGUGGUGAAUUGAUUUUUCUUAUAACCAAAGUUUAGAAAGAGAUGUUUGCAGCGCUAGGGUUCUUCUGGAUGGUGGACUGGAGCCCCUUGCGCUCCCCGGGAGUCUGUGAGACAUAGUUUGGCCUUUCCUCUUGCUUCCUUUAAAAAUUCGUGUAAGUCAAGCACAGCGCGGCCGGACCCCGCCUGUCCCCGGGGGCUGUCCCCACCUGUCUGCCGGGACGGCUGGCCCUCCGCUUCAAGACCGAGCAGUUGUUACAUCUGUAGAGUGCACGAUCCGUCCCCACUCAGCCUCUGUUCUGCAAGAAUGGGGACCCCACACCCUGCUGUCUGGACGUCCUGGCUCAAGUGACAGAGAUCUUGCAAACCUGCGAGUGGCCUGUCCUGGGGAACUGGCAGAGAGCGCAGGUGGAGUCUCACAUGUAAAAAAAAAAGAGGAAGAAGACCCAGAAUGUUCUAGGGAACAACUCCAGAGACACGCGGGGGUAGGGGGGUGACUGGCCUUUGCUGCCGGCUGCAGGGGUGGGGGACCAGGGCAGCAGGACUCCCCUGGAAUGAGAGCAAGGUUCUUUGAUGACCGCAGAAAAUAGCGUUUUCCUGUUCAGCAAUUCCAGAAAGAGGGUUUUUUGUUUUUUUGA